CGCGCGGCGGCGGCUGCUGAGCUCGGCAAGGGCGGCCGGUCGGGGCUUCCUGGCCAGGUGGGUACUGGCGAGGAGUGGGACUGUGCCGAGCCGAGCCGAGCCGAGCCGAACCGAACCGAGCCGAGCCGAGUGGCCUGCGCUCCCGGCAUGGUUCAGCAGGAGGCUGCCGGAGCGAUGGGGCAGGCGGCGGUGUGUGGCCCCGUUGCUGCCACGGCCGAGGUGCAGCUGUCUCGGCGUCGCUGGGCCGUGGUGCUGCUCUUCAGCAGCUACUCCCUGUGCAACGCCUUCCAGUGGAUCCAGUACGGCAGCAUCAGCAACAUCUUCGUGCGCUUCUACGGCGUGAGCGCAUUCGCCAUCGACUGGCUCUCCAUGAGCUACAUGCUCACCUAUAUCCCUCUGCUCUUCCCCGUCUCUUGGCUGCUGGACAAGAGGGGCCUGCGCCUCAUCGCCCUGGCCGGCUCGGCCCUCAACGCCCUGGGCGCCUGGGUGAAGCUGGGCAGCCUGAAGCAGCACCUCUUCCCUGUCACCGUCCUAGGGCAGGUCAUCUGCUCCCUGGCCCAGGUCUUCAUCCUGGGCAUGCCCUCGCGCAUCGCUUCUGUCUGGUUCGGCUCCCAUGAGGUCUCCACCGCCUGCUCCUUCGCUGUCUUUGGGAACCAGCUUGGCAUCGCUGUGGGCUUUCUGGUCCCUCCAGUUCUGGUUCCCAAUGUGGAGGAUGUGGAGAAGCUGGCCUACCACAUCAGCAUCAUGUUCUUCAUGACUGCAGGUGUGGCAACAGCACUAUUCAUCCUGGUCAUCAUAGUCUUCAAGGAGAAGCCUCCAUACCCUCCAAGCCGAGCUCAGGCCUUGAUCCAGUCUAGAGCACCAGAGGAGUAUUCUUACAUGCAAUCAAUCCUCCGUCUACUCCACAAUGCCAACUUUUUGCUGCUUAUGGUCACUUAUGGUCUGAAUACAGGUUGCUUCUAUGCCCUGUCCACUCUGCUGAACCGCAUGGUGAUCCAUCACUACCCAGGGGAGGAGGUGAAUGCUGGCAGGAUUGGACUCACCAUUAUACUGUCGGGGAUGGUUGGGGCUCUGAUCUCUGGCAUCUGGUUGGACAAGACCAAAACCUACAAACAGACAACGCUGGUUGUUUAUAUCAUGUCUCUGAUGGGAAUGAUAGCCUACACUUUUACUCUGAGCCUAGGCCACCUCUGGGUUGUCUUUCUGACUGCAGGCAUGCUGGGGUUUUUCAUGACAGGAUACCUUCCCCUGGGCUUUGAGUUUGCUGCAGAGUUGACAUACCCAGAAUCAGAAGGGACAUCAUCAGGGCUCCUUAAUGUCUCGGCACAGAUUUUUGGUAUUGCCUUCACCAUCAGCCAAGGGCAAAUCAUGGAUCGCUUUGGGACAAAGGCAGGAAACCUCUUUCUUUGUUCCUUCCUGUUCCUGGGAACCAUUAUGACAGCAUUCAUUAAGGCUGAUCUCCGAAGACAGCAGGCCAAUUUGGAUAAUGAACAGACAAGACUCCAAGGCAUCAAUCAGAUCACGGAUUACGGGACUCUAUCUUGUAACCCUAACCCCAUCAAUUCCCAUUCCUGCUCACUAGCUCAUACACAAAGAAAGUGAUGCCAGAAACCUGCACUGAUCCCAUAAUCCUUGAGGAAUCAAAGCUAUGAAAUGUGAGGGCUGGCAGAGCUAGGAGAUGCAGCCCCCUUUAUUCCCAGCUUUGUUACCUGCACGAUCCUCCUGUUAUGAGCAGGGGUCAGCCUCAGGACAGGAGCUCAGUGAACUGCUUGUGGACGGAGUGAGUGAAAGAGCAAAACAGAAGGCAGUCGCUCUCUUCAGUUAUACCUCUGAAUCUUGCUGUUUCUGAGACCCUGCUGCCUGGGAGGAAAAGUUGGGAAAACCCACUGCUUCCACCCCAUUCCACCAUGUACUCUUGGAAAAGAAAAAGCACAUAUGCUGAGAAAAACCAUCAUCAUAGUUCCAGAAUAGACCUGAGCAUUUGAAGGUGUCUCCUUAAAGACGAGCUGUGACAUCAAAUGCAGAAGCUGGACCAUGCUUACUCUGUGAGCAGCCCUGGUGAAACUUUCAAAGUGGCUCUCAGGGAUUUCUCUGCCUCAGUGCCCAUGAUGCUCUGUGUUGCAUGAAUGACGGCAGAGGCCUCAGCACAUCACAAAGCACUGCCAGCUCUGUUUUUAUUACAUGGCUUUCCCAGAUGAAGCACACAACCUCUGCUCAAAAUUCACAGCAGUUGCCCUGAUAUUCCUACAUAUUACGAGUAAUUGAUACCAAUAUGCCUCCUCCUACCUGGAGGCAAGAACUAGUUCUGCAGCUUUGGUUGAAACUCCAGCCUAUGCCCAGCUUAUGACUACACCAGCAUCAUGAUUGAGUCAAACAACGAGCUCCCUGGGCUGAGGACUGUGUCUUCCUCUUAAGUGAUAAAGUGCCUUUUGUAUAUUUCAACCCUACAUAACUUUUGUGAAGUGUUAUAUUCUGAUAACCUGCCAAGGCUGUAUUGCUCUUCACAGCCACAAAGAGGGUCUUGAGUAUGAUGGGAAUUUCAGAUUUGCUCCAGUGUGGAAGCUUCCCACUUUAUAAUAGAAAACAGAAGCCCUCUUACCAGGACUUGUAUCUCAUAGACACUGCUCCUCUGUAUGCUGCUCUUUCUCUUCUAAACUUUAUAUCCCUUCUCCUUCCUUUCCAGCACCUCUCCACUGGUGGAGACAUCCAAGUGUCUUUGUACUCCUUAAAUCAUGCAUUUAUGCAGCUAUCUCUAGAGGAGGUGGAAGGGUGGAGAUACAGGACAAAAAACAUGACCAGGGAAAGGAUACAAAUAGUCCUGACAUACCAUUUUGACAAGACAUUUUUGGGGUGAAAUUAAUCUU